GCGGGCGGCAGGGGCGGGGGACAGGAUGCGGAUGCCGGGGGGACUUCCUGUGCCGGCCCCCGCGCCCCCGCCCCGGCCCGGCCAGCUGCCCGCACGGACGCACGCACUGGCGGGCGGGCGAGCGAACGGGGACCCGGCCCGGCCGUGGCGCCCGCCCCCCGCCCCGGCCAUCGCGGCCCGGUCCAGGCCGCCCUCGGGCUCUGGGCACCUGUGGCCGGCGGCCGUCCAGGACCUGUGUCGCCCGUCCCCAGCCAACCCAAGACCCCGCCACCCUGCAGCGCCAACCUAGGGCUUUGGCCCCGGCCCUGCUGCGCGCGAUGGUCCCGCAGGGCCAGCCUUGAGUCCCGCGCGGAAUUCGGGGCUCUGCCUCCUGUCCUCGCCCCCGCCCGAGAGUCUCCACUAACUUCUGCCCGGGAACUCCACUCURCCCCUUGUCUUGGCCCAGGGCGACCUGGGCAUCUCUGACAGCGCAAACCCUGCCGAGUGCCCAGAAAGGCCCCAGGGUGGCAGGCGCCUCCCAGGCUCUUUCUGGAUGGAGGCGCCUCCGGAAGGAGCCGGCUGAAUGCUGUGGCCUUCACCUUGCAGCCUCUGCUGACCACACCUCCCCUAGUGCAGAGGCUGCAGCCAGCAGGAAAUGCUGUACCAGCCGGCUCCUGGGGACCCCGGUGUGACCACCAGGAUGGAGGUGGGGCCAGCCACAGAGACCUUUGUGUUGGAGCUGCGCUGUCUUGAGGAUGGGGGUCCAGGGCCUGCUGCCCUCUCAGGUGGCAGCGGUGGGAGUGAGAGUCAGGAGGAGGAAGAGGCUCAGGAGGGGCGCAGUGGCCCACAACAGCCAUCAGUGUCAGCCCCAGUAGGGGCCAGUAACAUUGCUGAAGAAGCCCAGCCAGGACAACAAGAGCUGCUACUGCAACAGCUAGAGCAGCAGCCAGAGCUGCAAGAACAGCCCCAGCAGGAGCAGCCUCAACAGCAGCAACCACAGAAGCAACUAUUAGAACAUCAGCCAGAAAUGCAACAGCAGCAGCAACAGCAGGAUGGGCAACAGCAUCUGCCUCAACUACAGCUGGAGCUACAGGAAAACCACCAAUCUGUGCAACACCAAAAACUGAAACCACAAGUGCAGGUAAUACAACAACAGGGACAGGUACCAGAGCAAGUGCAAGAGAAACAGUUACAGCAGCAGGAACAGUUACAGCAGGAAGUGCAAAAGCAACAACUUUUGCAACAGCAGCAGGAACAGUUACAGCAACAAGUACAAGAACAGCAGCUGUUACAACAGCAACAGGCACUGCUACAGGAACAGCACGUGCAAGAGCAACUAUUGUUACAGCAGCAACAGGCACAGUUACAGCAGCAAGUACAAGAGCAACAGCUCUUACAGCAGCAACAGGAACAGUUACAGCAGCAACAACUGUUACAACAGCAGGAACAAUUACAGCAGCAACAGUUCCAACAGCAUCAGGAACAGCUACACCAACAGCAACUACUGUUGUUACAGCAGCAGGAACAGUUACAACAACAGUUGUUGCAGCACCAACAACAGGCACAGUUACAGCAGCAGCUCCUGCAGCAGCAGCAGGCACACAUACAGCAGCAGCUAUUGCUGCAGCAGCAGGAGCAGUUACAGCAGCAGCAACAGCAACAGCUAUUGCAACAGCAUCAGGAACAGCUACAGCAACAGCAGCCUCCUCCAAUGGAGCCAGAGGAGGAGGAAGAGGUGGAACUGGAGCUCAUGCCAGUGGACCUGGGGUCAGAGCAGGAGCUGGAGCAGCAGCGGCAGGAGCUAGAGCGGCAGCAGGAACUGGAGCGGCAGGAGGAGCAGCGGCAGCUGCAACUCAAACUGCAGGAGCAGUUGCAGCAGCUGGAGCAACAGUUGGAGCAGCAGCAGCUAGAGCAGGAGCAGCUGGAGCAGCAGGAGGUGCAGCUGGAGCUCACCCCCGUGGAGCUGGGCACCCAGCAGCAGGAGGUGCAACUGGAGCUGACCCCUGUGCAGCCUGAACUGCAGCUGGAGCUGGUUCCCGCUGCAGGGAGCAGCGCGGCGACUGUCCCAGGGGCUCCAGCGGCUGUUGUGGUGGCCCCCCCAGGCUACGUGGUGCUGCAAGAGCUCAUGGUGCUGCCCGCAGUGGCCACGUCAACAGUGGUGGCCAUCCCGGGCCCAGCGGGCAGCGCCGCGCUCACUCCAGCACGGCAGCGGCGGCGACGGCGCGCACGAGACCGGCCGACCAUCUGCGGAGAGUGCGGCAAGGGCUUCAGCCGCAGCACAGACCUUGUGAGGCACCAGGCCACGCACACCGGCGAGCGGCCGCACCGCUGUGGUGAGUGCGGCAAGGGCUUCUCGCAGCACUCCAACCUGGUGACACACCAGCGCAUCCACACGGGCGAGAAGCCCUACGCCUGCUCGUAUUGCUCCAAGCGCUUCAGCGAGAGCUCAGCUCUUGUGCAGCACCAGCGCACGCACACUGGCGAGAGGCCCUACGCCUGUGGCGACUGCGGCAAGCGCUUCAGUGUCUCCUCCAAUCUGCUGCGUCACCGGCGCACACACUCGGGCGAGCGGCCCUACGUGUGCGAGGACUGUGGCGAGCGCUUCCGCCACAAGGUGCAGAUUCGCCGCCACGAGCGCCAGCUGCAUGGAGCUGGCCGCUCGCGUGGCCUUGGCCUGCUGCGGGCCUCGAGGCCGGCGCCGUCUACUGGCCCAUCGCGCGCCCAGCAGGCCUCCGGGGCCACAGCAUCCACCAACAAGGCUUCAUGAUGCGGGUGCGCAUCUCUGCAACAGAAGGCAGAGGGCCAGGAGCAGAAAGGGGUCAGCCUGGAAGCACGGGGCAUCCAGGGCGGGGAGGGUGCUCUUUCAAGCACCCUCCACAUGAGUGGAGGGUGAGAAGCCCCACAUGGAGUGGGAUGGACACCUCGACCCCAGUUCAUGGUCAUGACCCCAGUACAACAUCUCCCGGAUCAUCCUGGAAUAUCCUUGGGAACGAAAAGACUACCAUCAUCCCCCAUAUUCCCUGAGAAGUGCCAGGUUCACAGAUCCACCCCCAGAAAUCAUCCACAAGAGAACAGCCACUGUGGCUAAAACAGCACGUGGGGAAACCCAUGAGCGAGAGGGCUGCCAAAAAUUUUCCCCUGAGAAAAUUGGACUUAGUAGAAACAAGAACAGCCUGAGAACACUCCCCAGGACAAUUGAGGAUGUUUGACGUGGACCAAACACUCACCAAGGAAUAAAAUAAAUCUGGUGAGGCACACAUGGAAAAUAAUGGAUCCUGGUGAAAAUUAUUUAAAGGAGGAAAAAAACAGGGAAAAAGUAAACUUACCUGCACUAUGUAGGAAACUGAUCAAGGCAUUGAAUUGUCCUCAGUGGCAUUUGCCUUGAAAAUACUUGCCAGUAUGAAAAUCUAUUGGGCUGAAUACAAUUCUGAUGAAAAUACCUGUUUUCAUAAACACAGGGUCACAGUGUCUAUGGGGUCAAUGUGCAAAUAAGUGCCAGGAAGUCUUGAUCUGGGUGGAAGGUAAAACCUUUCCCGCCUGGGGAACCCAGAAUUGGAGCAGGUGUCAGAGGCAGGUUCUAGGCCUCUGCUGCAAUGUUCUCAAUCCACCAGAGGCCCUUUAAUAUUCCCUGGAAUAGAGAAGCCUGUAGCUGAAACAGAGCGCAUUCUGGGAGGGCUCUCCAAGGUCUGGAAGAAGCCUCCCCAGGAAAGAUCUCCAAGAUAGCCCCACCCAGCCAAGCUGCUCAGAUGCUGCCCAGAGGUUGACUCCUUGAGACCUGGGAACAGAGAUCUCUUGGAUCAGGAUAAGGGGAGGGGCACCUGAACAGACCUUGCCUUCUGGCCCCAGGAUGUGUGAAGAAUGUUGGGGACAAAGAUUAGGAGGAACAGAAAGGUUAUUUACCAUGUUUACCAAAUCGUCCAGGGCAGGGGCUGUAUGAGCAGUAGCAAUUGCUGAUUCCUCAUGGGAAGGUGAGCUGGUGGAGGAUGUCACUGGCCACCUCUGGGCUUGAGGCUCUUCCUGGCCAACCUGACUUCCCACGUGGCUGCUUAGUUCCUGCCCCUCUCUCCCCUCCCUGCUUCUCCUUUACUAACACAGCCUGCCACAUUUUACACAUGUGUUGGUAAGUGAGAAACAAAACAUAAAAAAUAAAGUGAAGAAACACAG